UUCCGUUCCACUAAACAGUACACGUUAAGCUCGCACGCGUGCAUUUAUAAUACAGAACGUGGCUAAUGCAGACUAGCUAGCAAGCUAACAUUAACUAGGUAGCUCACAACAAAACACAUCUGUUCAUUUUAACAGGUUUGGAGGUACACCGGUGUUGUUAUUUUUGCAGGUCUUUGCAAAGUGACUGUCCAUCGCGACCGCAGCGUGGGCAUGGCGGACCGAGAGGAGAGGCGCUUCGCUGAAGUGCCCCGAGAGUCUGUCAAACUCAUGUCUGAGAGUGCGGGAGUGGAGCUUAGCGACGAAUUGGCUGCUUUGCUGGCUGAAGAUGUCUGCUACCGGCUUAGGGAAGCGACACAGAGCAGCUCCCAGUUUAUGAGACAUGCCAAGAGGAGAAAACUGACAGUAGAGGACUUCAACCGAGCAUUACGCUGGAGCAAUGUGGAGGCUAUCGCUGGCUACGGUGCACAGGAUGCCCUACCUUUCCGACCAAUCAAGGAGGGCGAGCUCUUCUUUGUGGAGGACCGUGAGAUCAACCUGGUUGAACUGGCUCUGGCCACCAACAUCCCCAAAGGCUGUGCGGAGACCAUGGUGCGAGUGAAUGUGUCUUACCUGGAUGGGAAAGGAAACCUGGAACCUCAAGGUACAGUCCCCAGUGCUGUACAGACCCUCUCAGAAGAUCUGCUCAAGUACUACCAACAAGUCACCCGAGCCAUACUAGGAGAGGAUCCCCACCUCAUGAAGGUGGCUUUGCUGGAUCUCCAGUCCAACUCCAAGAUGGCUGCCCUCCUGCCGUAUUUUGUGUAUGUCAUCAGCGGGGUCAAGUCGGUGAGCCAUGACCUGGAGCAGCUGAACCGACUCCUCCACAUGGUGAAGAGCCUGGUUCAGAACCCGUACCUGUAUCUCGGCUCCUACGUCCGCAGCCUGGUGUCCAGCGUCAUGUACUGCAUCCUGGAGCCACUGGCCGCCUCCAUCAACCCCCUGAAUGACCACUGGACCCUAAGGGACUACGCAGCCCUGCUGCUCAGCCACAUAUUCUGGACCCAUGGAGAUCUGGUCAGUGGGCUGUACCACCAGAUCCUGCUGUCUCUGCAGAAGGUCUUGUCAGAUCCAGUCCGCCCGCUGUGUUCCCACUACGGCGCUGUAGUUGGCCUACAUGCACUUGGAUGGAAGGCUGUUGAACGUGUGUUGUAUCCACACCUGCCUGCCUACUGGUCUAACCUGCAGGCUGUCCUGGAUGACUACUCGGUGUCCAAUGCCCAGGUGAAAGCCGAUGGACACAAAGUCUACGGAGCUAUCCUGGUUGCAGUGGAACGGCUGCUAAAGAUGAAAGCCCUGUCUCUGUCCCUGCCGGCGGAACGUGGCUUCGGCGCCCAGCCAGGCUCCGGUGGCGUGGCAGGUUUCCGGGUUAGUUCGCCCGGGCUCAGUCCGCCCCCGGAGCCCCUCUCCGAGGCCGCCCUGGGCAUCGCCAGUCACCUGCAGGGACCCGGUGGUGCUGGCACGCCCUGGGAGGACUGGACCCCCGUCCCCCUGCCCGCCAUGUACUGCGAGCUCUACUCCUUUUUUGGGGACAGCCUGGCAGUACGGCUCAGCACGGGGCCCAGCUUGGGGGGCUGCCCACCCUCGGCCCUCUCGCAGCCGGCUGACACCAGGAAGGAGCCCCCGGGCCCCGCUGCCAACCCGGACACCGCGCGUAAGAUGCCCCAGCUCACCGCUAACCUGAACGUCAGCCCCCGGCAGGACGGGAGCCCGCGCCCGGAGCCAGCUCCACCCAGCCUAGCCGCUACUGCUCCAGGAAGAGCCCUGGCUCGUUCCUCCUCUUCCUCAUCCAUCCAGCGCCGAAACUCUUCCUCCCGGCCGGGCCAGCGCUCGGUAGGUCCGUCCCGCGACGUCUUCCCCAAGGCCCGUUUCCCCCCACCCCAGGCGGGUCCCCCCGCGUUCUCCUUCCUCAUCGGUGGCCGUCAGACGGGUCGGCGCUGCCAGGGGCGUCGCUUCCAGACCAGCUUCAGCCCCGCCCCGCCCCCGUCCUCCGCCCCACCGCGCACCUACGCCCACAAGCUGCCCGUCAUCGGCAGGGUGGGCAAGCCGUUGCGCCGAUGGACCUGCUCCCACUACUCCCUCCACCUGCCCCUCUAAAAGGGAGACGAAAUAGGGACUAAUGGUCGAGGCCUCGGGGACCGGCUGAUGCCACUGCGGUGGUCAGUUCUACUAGCAGAGUCCGAUCUCCUCCCUCGCCAUACGCGCUCGUGUGAAGAGGGAGGCCACGGAUGAGGCGGGCAACUCCAGUUCGGCUGGAUUAACCACCUGCCGGAUGUUUUCACCUGCCGGAUGUUUUCACCUGUUGUCUCGGGUCUGAAUUGGUCCCGGAUUAGUAGGAGAGGAUGAAAGCCAGAAUGUUUUAGUCCUCCGGGAACAACGUUACCUACCUCUGGAUUAGGGAAUAGGCAAGUUAGGCUGGAUGGGAUUUAACUGGAGCCUCGUUGGAGAGACUGACUCAACACCACCUCCAAGCUGAAGGGACAGAGGGUAUAAAGCUAGUUUGACAACUUCAAACUGUCUUGCCUGCAGGAACUGGGCUGCAGUUCUUGAAAAUCCAAUGAAAAUCCACGUCUAUAGAAUGUUGCUUUCAUCUGAAUGCUUGACUUCAUGUGAGACAACAGCGUAGAACAGUGUGUUCUCUAGCACACGCCUCAGGGUCAUCUGCUCAUCCUGUGUGAUGUUUUCCCCCAAGAAUUAUGGUAACAGUAGGCAUUUCUUGUAGUGGGUAACUGUUUGGAGCUCACGCACUGUCUUUCAUAUCCAUUUGCCACAUUUGAUUCCAUGUGACUACAUUAGGAUAACAAGGGGAUGCAUAUUUACAUUCAGUAUGAUUCAUGACAUUAACCUAUGGUAAACCCUAUUUCAUAGGAGACGGUUUCACAAACUAGGGAAACGUUCUUCCUUAUACUUUGAUUAUUUAUAUAUACACAUGUCAAUGUUACAUAUUCUAAUAUUGUUAUAUAAUAAUAUUAAGCAUAACAACUGAACAACGCGUUGAGCCUCUAGAAUUGCAGGAUAUUGCUUUAAUUCUCUUAUAUUGAUUUCAUGAGUUCUCUGUUGCCCUGGUACAUAUCCCACAUAUCUGUGAUGGUGUUUUCCUGGGAAAUGUUUCUUACAAACGAUACUUCUUAUGUAAUGAAUAAAAAUCAUUAACAUUGUU